AUGUUAAACAAGUGUGUAAAACUAAUUUUAAUAUUGGCCCUGGUUGUGGCAGUGGCCUUCGGUGUUUCCUUUCUGCCUUUCAGCCUCUCAGAUAAGUUCAAGCAAGUAGCAGAAAAAGUCACUUCUCACAUCAAAGGUCUCGCCGGUCUUAACAAAAACGGCGGAGCAAAACUUAAUUUGGACUUCGCUAAACGCGACAACUACAAACUUGGGGAAUUCAAUGUUGUGUUUGAAAAGGUCAACAACGUGCCCAAGGAAGGAUUCCACAAGUUUGUACACAAGGGCGAGAAUGACGCAGUUCUCGACGUAGAAAAAUUUUUCAACGGAGAAACUGAACUUGAGGGCUUAGAAGGUGGUUUGUUUGACUACGCUGCAGCCUACUUCAAGGGCGACACACCGCACCUUCUUUUGGUCGAGCUUGGUUUGCACGAGGAAGAAAAGGAUGCAAAUGCUGAUAAAGCUGGUGAAAAGAAUGAGGGAGAAGCCAAAGAGGGCGAGAAUAAGGAGAACGCAGCCCCCGCGAAGCCAGCAGAGGCCAAGCCACUGCCUUUGUACUUUGCUCCAGGAGAAAAUAACAAGUGGGUCAAACUUCCAGAGGGCGCCAACCUUGGCGAGAAGGUUGAGGAAGUCUUCAACGCUUUAGCUGCAGCUGCAUCCGCCUCUCCAGCUCCAGCAGCCCCUGGUAACGGAACACCCGAAGGUGGCAAUGCCGGAGGCGCAGGAGGAGCUCAACCAGCUGGCGGCGCUACAGGCGCUGGUGCCGGUGCUGGUGCUCCCGCAGGACAAGGUGAAGGGGCCCCUCCUGCCGGUGGACAAGGUGGCAAUGCCGGAGGCGCAGGAGGAGCUCAACCAGCUGGCGGCGCUACAGGCGCUGGUGCCGGUGCUGGUGCUCCCGCAGGACAAGGUGAAGGGGCCCCUCCUGCCGGUGGACAAGGUGGCAAUGGCCAAGCUGCAGCAGGAACCGGUCCUGCAGCCACUCCCGCAGCUGCCAAACCAGGUGCCCCUGAGGGCGGUGCUCUUCCAAAUGGAGGUGGAGCAGCAGCUGCACCUGGAGGACCAAAUGGCACAGCUCCAGCUGAAAACGGACCAAAGGGCACAACUCCAGGCGGAAACAAUGGAGCAACCCCAGGUGCCGCUGGAGCUGUAGGAUCUAAUGGAGAGGCAGGCCCAGCUGGACCAAGCGGACCUGCUGGAGGCGCAGGCGGAAACACGGGAUCAUCAGGCACUGAUGCCUCUGCUGGACAAGGUCUUAGAGGAGCCGACGGAUCCUCCACACAGGGCACAACCCAGAACAAUCCACAAUCUGGUGGUAAUAGCAAUGGAAAUAACCAAGGUGGUGGUUCGAAUGGUGCUACUAACGGUGGCGGAGCUGGACAAGCAGGAACUAAUGGAGGGUCAUCGAACGGUGGAGGCUCUAAUGGUGGCGGAUCAUCUAACGGUGGUGGGUCAUCAGGAUCAUCGACAUCAGCAACAACCAACACUGGCUCAGGUAGUUCCUCCUCAUAA